AUGCCGUCUGGCGCCAGCAGCAGCGGUGGCGGCUUCGGCACUCCCACACGGCUGGGUGUGCAGUACUCCUCCGAUGAGGAGCGCAGCAUCUACGAGAAGGUGGCGACCAUCCACGGCUACACCUUCGAAGUGCCUCCGGUAAACCGCUUCCACAGCAAAACUGCAGAGUCCAAGUUUGUGCAGCUCACCGGCUCUAUGAAUCCGAAGUUUGAGGCGGAGCGCUUCGACAAUCUUCGUGAGCGUCUGCAGCAGGCGGACAAAAAAGGAAAGGACAGCUACCUGCAGGCCAUCGCCAUGCUCUACGCCGAGUUUCUUGGGAACAAUUUCUUGAAGGCUAAGGAUGCGGAUCUUGCGGAGCUGGAACGCUGCUUCUAUCCCUCGCACCUCCCCGCCUACGACGUGGCACUGCGAACUGUUGGACUCAAGAAGCCGCUGUGGUGGAAGCAAGGUUUUUUUGUACGUUUGGAGGACAUUUCGCGCCUUCCACUUUCUCAGUGCGACAUCAACAAACAAACCUCCAUGACCUUCGAGGAGUGGUACUGCCUGUUUUGGAACUACUACACACCCUUUAACACACUGGCGUAUCUUUUGAUGGUGACGGCACAGUCGUUGCUGCCCACGAGGGAGUUGGUUGAUAGCACCGCGGACUACAUUUCCCACCGUCACUCACUUAUUGAAGACCCGAAGGCGAAGAAGGCCCCCAUCUUGUUUCUUGGCUCCCGCACAGGGAAAUUGGGUGGCCUACUGAACCAAACAGGAAAAAUCCCUGUGCCUAUCAUUCAUGUACAUGAGAAACCCAACAUGAAUCCGUAUCUGCUUGUUAUACCACCCAAUAAACAAGAUGCAUUUAAACCACAUCCGAUCAUCAAAAUGAAGGCCCAAGCCGCACUAGAAAAAUAUGAACCUGCCAUUGUUUUGAUGUCUGACAUGACCAUGAACACGGAUCCCACCGCCAUGAUUCGACGGAUAGGAUCGGUAAGGGAGUACAUGUAUUUUGGUACACCCAACAGUUAUAUCGAGGGUCAUCCGUGGGAGACGUGGGGGAAUGCUAGAUACCGUGAAAAGGGUACGGAUCACAUUCCACCCUUCUUGCGGGAAAAUUGGAUGAAGCUUUCCCUGUCGCACCUCUCACGCUGGAUGAUUUACAAAACAGAUAGCGACAUGCAAAUGGGUAAUGGGGCAGUCACAACGUGGAUGCGGCGCCCGUUGAAGCCUUCUGCCAAGGACAUUUUCAGUUGGCGCCUCGCACGAUUUAAGCCGUUCUACUGA